ACUGCGGAAAUGUUGCGUGUUACAGACCGGAAGCUGAUUUAUUUCUGCAAACUUUACUACAACGAUAGAAGAACGUGAUUCAAAGAAAGAAGGGGUGCGACUUAGGGGAGAAAUCAGAGAGAGAGACAGAGAGUAGCAGCAGAACUGGGCUCAGCUGGCACAUAAGCAGCGGAGCGGAGGGACAAUUACAGAGACCAGAGGAGGGAGCGGAGGACAGCCUCGCCAACUAUCAUCAUCCGUUUCUCGCCCCCAGCAGCUCCGCAUCACCUCAAGGAGAGCAUCUUCAGAAGGGACAGUCCCUUCUAUGAAAAGUGAAGAGAUUUCUCUCCUGAUUGUGACAAAGUUGGAUCCAGAGGAUGGAAGCUUUGUUGGAUUUGCUUUUGAUCAGUGCUGUCACUGUAAAGGGAGUUGUGGGGAAUGUGUGUGUCUCGGGUCAUGACAGAGGGCCAAUGUUUGAAGAACAGCCAAGCAGUUUGAUUUACCCAGAGGGCUUGACUGAAGGCAAAAUAACUCUCAGCUGUCAGGCUCGAGCCAGUCCACCUGCAACUUACUCGUGGAAAUUGAAUGGCACACUCAUGGAACUCGGUUUGAGCCGGUACUCUAUGGUGGCUGGCAACCUGGUGAUCAGCAACCCUGACAGUAUUCAAGAUACAGGAUCAUACCAGUGUCUGGCCAAUAACCCGUGUGGGACUAUCAUUAGCCGAGCUGCUAAUCUCAAGUUUGGCUACCUUCAAGACUUCCCCCCUAAUAGCAGGACUUCACAGACAGUAUAUGAGGGUGCAGGCACUUUCCACGCCUGUCAACCCCCUCCACAUCACCCAGCUCUGUCUUAUCGCUGGUACUUCAACGAGUUUCCCAACUUCAUCAGAAAGGAUGAUGGACGCUGGUUUGUGUCGCAAGUCACUGGGAACCUGUACUUGGCCAAAGCAGAGUUAAAUGAUACUGGGAACUACUUUUGCUUCACUACCAUCAAUCUGGACAUCAGCACCAAAAGCACUUUUAGCAAGGGCAGCCUGCUGACUGUAUUACCAGAUGCCAAUCCAAAGAGGUCCGCACCAAGUAUUAAACUGCGCUUCCCAGCAGACACCUAUGCCCUCACAGGACACACUGCCCAAUUGGAAUGCUUUGCUUAUGGAAAUCCUGUCCCAAAGCUUCGAUGGAGGAAGGUUGACGGUUUAAUGCCAUCUAAAGCAGGUUCCUCCAUACAGAGUCCAACCCUCACCCUACCUGAACUAUCUUUUGAUGAUGAGGGCAUUUAUGAGUGUGAAGCCUACAACUCUGAAGGAAGUGACACAUACCGUGGACGCAUUAUUGUGCAAGCUCAGCCAGAAUGGCUGCAGGUGAUGAGCGACUCAGAGGUGGAGAUCAGCUCUGAACUUCACUGGAGCUGUUUAGCUGCUGGAAAACCAAGACCAGCUAUACGCUGGAUACGCAACGGAUUGUUUCUUAUCACGCAGGAUCGAGUAGUAGUGAAUGGAGCACAUCUGAAAAUCAGUAACCUGGCCCUUGAAGAUUCAGGAAUGUACCAGUGUGUUGCUGACAACAAACACGGCACUAUUUAUUCAUCUGCUGAGUUAAGGGUGCAAGUCCAGGCUCCAGAUUUCAGGUUGAAUCCUGUUAGGAGACUGAUCCCGGCAGCCAGAGGUGGCCAGGUAGUGAUUGAGUGUCGCCCUCGUGCAGCACCAAAGCCCAACCUGUUCUGGAGCCGUGGUACCGAGCUUCUUGCCAACAGCAGCAGAAUUACCAUAACUCCAGAUGGUACAUUGUGGAUCUACAACAUCAGCAGGGCGGAUGAAGGAAAAUAUACCUGUUUUGCUGAAAACUACCUGGGCAAAGCCAACAGCACUGGACACCUGUCUGUUAGAGAUGCCACCAAAAUCACACUGGCUCCCUCCAAUGCUGACAUCAAUCAAGGAGAGAACGUCACUCUGCAGUGUCAUGCCUCCCAUGACCCCACCAUGGACUUGACAUUCACCUGGGCCCUUAAUGGUGUGCCCCUGGACCUGGAGAACUCAGCUGGGCUGUACCAGCGUGUGGAGGGGAAAGAAAACAUUGGGGACCUAAUGAUUGUAAAUGCUCAGCUGAGUCAGGCAGGAAUAUUUACCUGCACAGCUCAGACAGUGGUGGACAGUGCUUCAUCUUCAGCUAAACUGGUUGUCCGAGGACCCCCUGGGCCUCCAGGUGGUUUGCUAGUGAAGAAUGUGGCUGAGACAUCUGUGGACCUCAAGUGGAGUCGGGGCUAUGAUAAUCAUAGUCCCAUUGGGAGAUACAUCAUAAUGGGUCGAUCAUCUCUCUCCUCAGAAUGGAAGAAGAUGAUGACAGAACCAGCAAACAUCGAAGGGAAUGCAGAGUCAGCUCGAGUGAGUGGACUGAUUCCUUGGAUGGAUUAUGAAUUCCAGGUCAUCGCCAGCAACAUUCUGGGCAGCGGAGAACCCAGCAUGCCAUCUCACAUCAUCCGCACAAAGCAAGCAGCACCUACAGUGGCCCCAAGUGGACUUGGUGGAGGAGGAGGAAACCGCAAUGAACUGAUUGUUACUUGGACGCCCAUGGCCAGGGAGUACCAGAACGGUGAUGGUUUUGGUUACAUUCUUGCGUUCAGAAAGAAAGACACACCCUUAUGGUCAGAGGUGCAAAUCCCACAUCUGGAGUCGUCUCGUUAUGUCUACUACAAUGAAAGCCUGAUGCCAUAUACUCUCUUUGAAGUAAAGAUCAAAGCUUAUAAUCGCAGAGGUGAAGGUCCAUUCAGUCAGCUUUCAGAAGUCCACUCUGCAGAGGAAGAGCCAACUGUGAGACCUUCAAGCAUCAAUGCCACAGCACUUUCUGCCUUUGAGAUCCAGGUGUCAUGGGAGCCCAUCCAGCUGCUCAACAAUGGUAUCAUUCGAGGAUAUGAGAUCCGAUACUGGCGGCAGCAUGAAAGGGAAGCAGCAGCAGACCGAGUACGAACCGCCGGACUGCAGCCAACAACCAGAGUUUCUGGCCUGCGACCAAGCACCCGAUACAACGUAGCUGUUCUUGCGUACAACAGUGCCGGCACAGGGCCUCCUUCGCCUCGCACCACUGUCACUACCAGAAAACCACCUCCUGACCGUCCUCCAGGCAACGUCUCCACUGACACUAAAGGAUCAGAAGUAACGUUGAAGUGGAGUCAUGUGAAAGCUCUCCAUAAUGAGUCAGUCGUGCUGGGCUAUAAGGUUCUGUACAGACAUGAUGAUCAGACUGUAAUGAAGUUUCUGGACAAAACAAAGACAUCAGUGAGCCUACCUCUACCAAAAGACUAUGGUUAUGUGGUGCUGGAGAUCCGAACCUGGGGAGAGGGUGGAGAUGGGCCGACUCAUGAGAUUAUUGUGUCCCAGGAUUCUGAAACUGGAAUGAUGGUUCAGAAAGAUGCCUCGAUUCCUCUGUGCAGCUCCCUUUUCCGCAUCAUCACUGCCGUGUUUCUUCUCACUCUUUAUUUCCUGUGAUCUCUCCUAGUCUGUUACUGAUAAUGACGCUAAGGCUUCUAGGGGUGGUAGGGGUUGUGACUUUCAAUCUAACCAUUAAGAUUUGUUUCCCCCCUAAAACAGCAAUUUUAAUAUGUCAAUGCAAUGGAAGUAAAGGGGUAUGUCAGAUAGGCACCAGAACCUAUCACUGAGUCUGUAAUUCACACUGACGGCAACAUUUAUUUUCGAUUGACAAAAAUGUUUCAGUAGUUAUUUUUUCUUGCAUGACUUAUAGCAGGCCCCACCUCCCAUUUAUAGAGACUGUAUGGUCUUUGUUCAUGGGGCAACGUGACCUAAUAGAAUGACGAGUGCAUGUGUCUCCCUCUUUAGAGAAGAUGGUCUUACUUGUUUCUGCAAUACGAGUGACUAAGCACAUGCAUUAAACUGGUUUCUGAGCUGAAGCUCUUAAAA